UGUGGAACAGGUUCACACACGUCACUCUGGAGGAAUUCCAGUCAUUUGUUUAUAAUGCAGGGAGGAGAGGAGCGGCGUUUAAUAAUCAGCUCUUCACAACAUGUUUCUCCAUCACUCUGGUAUCUCCGGCAUGAAGAUCCACCAAAACAAGAGUGCUUAUCACGCAGAGGAACCAUUAGAGGAGCAUGAAUAAAGCCUGGAGGAGGAGGACUUGCCUCCCAGAUUAUUCCAGAUGAACAUGCUGUAAACACCCGUGUGUGUGUGAGAAUCCUGUCCGGUUUCUGUUUCAGAGCUCUAACACACCCUGAAUGCCUCUCUGUUUACCUGUUAAAGUGUGUUACAGCUCACACACACACACCCAUUCAUUCAAAGACAUUGCUCCAGGUCCUCAGAGCUGGGAUUAGUUCUCUCUCUGCAGGGGUCAGCUGCCUGUUUAGUGGUCAGUAUUUUUAGUUAGAUGUGACCUGGAAGGGAUCAGGAGUGUGAAGUUGUGGUCAGUGCUAUCGUAUCGUAUUGGAGCGGAGAGUUGAUGGUGAAGAUGGAGCCUCACAGUAACAGCACUGCUCUGGAGAAAUCUCCUCUCUCGGCUUUUAAACCCGGUCACUCUCGCAGCUGCAGCACCGGAUCCUCUCGACAGAAUUCCAGAGACUGGGAGGUGAUGACCGAUAUCCAGUCCAGUGUCGUCCACCCAGAGAAGAACAGCAUCCCGGGGAUUUGUGAAGGAUUCCUGAUGAAAAAGAGGAAGUAUCCGCUUCAGGGUUGGCACAAGAGAUACUUUGUGCUGGAGAAGGGGAUCCUGAAGUACGCUAAAUCUCAUCAGGAUGUGAUGAGAGGGAAGAACCACGGAGCUCUGGAUGUCAGCCUCGCCGUGAUGUCAGUCAACAAAAAGUCCAGGCGGAUCGACCUGGACGCAGGAGACAACCUACUGCACUUAAAGGCUAAAAGUCAGGAGAUCUUCUACAUCUGGAUGACCAAACUGACCGCUCACCGCAUCUAUAAGAAGAACGAGGCUGUGAGUAUCCACCAGGGCGUGCUGCAGGCUCUCUCAGCUGGACACAGCAGCACACUGUCCAGCAUGGCCACCUUCGCUCAGAUGAACAGAGACAUGAGGGACACGCUUCCUCAGUUCCAGAGCCCCAUCAACGGCUUCCAGCCUGCUGCACUGGACUCUCCGUCUCUGGCCUCGUCACGGGUCAACCAUAAAGUUUCUGCCUGGCUUCAGCAAACGCAGCAAGCUGACGCCUGCCAACAAGAGCUGGCCCGCUGUCAGCUGGACCUGGCUGAACUGGGACGUCUGAUCCAGAUGUUGCACUGGCUGGAAGCAGAUCUGAAAGAUCCCAUCAACAACAAGGAUCUGGAGAAGAGGAUCAGCAUGCAGAAUCUGACUCUGGACAAGCCGAAGAAGAAGGUGGGGAAAGUUUGGGGACACAAUCGCACCAUGUCACACGGGAUGCUUCCUGCCAGUAAUCAUAUCAGUACGUUGUCCUCCUCCUCUGGACUCGGAGCGUCUCUUCAGUCCAUCCCGGAUUAUGUUUACUCUCAGCUCUCCACACCACACUGCACUUCACCUGAGGGGAAGAAACUCCAGGAGAACAUUUACACUGCGUCUCAGAGACUCCACACAUCUCUGAAGUCCAUCCAUGAGAUGUUGUCAUCAGAGCGUGAGCGUCUCACUCAGGCGUGGACCGGACCGGACCUGCGUCAGUCCACCUCUGACCAGCUGGCCUCCCUGUGCACCACCCUGUCUGAGCUGGAGCUUCAGUCUCGUCUCACUAAAGUCCACUCGGUGUCUCUGUCCUCCGAUUCGUCUGAGGAGUCGUUCUGCACCGUGACUCAGGAUCAGAGCUGUGAGGCACGCAGCAGGCUGUCCGUCGCAGAGUCCAUGGCCGAGUAUUUUGACGCCAACGAGAACAUCGUGUCUGAGAACUUAUCGGAAAACGAGGCUUCUGACGAGUCGGGUCUGAGCGACGUCACCACCAGCAACUCGGAGCCUGAGGAGGGACAGGCCGAGGUGAGAAUGAAGUACAGAGCGAGUGUGUCCAGCGCUCCGGAUGUUCCCUCCAGCGUGCCGAAGGAGACGGGUCGGCGUACGGUUCUGCCUGCACGUUGCGCCGAUAACAGCCACAUCGGCAUCCUCUCCAUCCUGUACAACAACAUCGGGAAGGACCUGUCUCGCGUCUCCAUGCCCGUCGCUCUCAACGAGCCGCUCAACUUCCUGCAGCGUGUCAGCGAGGAGCUCGAGUACUCUGAACUGCUGGACAUCGCCAACCGCACCGAUGACCCCUAUGAGAGAAUGGUGUACAUGGCAGUGUUCUCCAUCUCGGGAUACGCCUGGGCCUCAUGGAGGAAUCGCUACAAGCCCUUUAACCCGGUGUUGGGAGAGACGUACGAGAGCAUGAGGGAGGACCGUGGCUUUCGGUACAUCGCUGAGCAGGUGAGUCAUCACCCUCCCGUGUCUGCGUGUCACGCUGAGUCGAAGAACUUCACUUUUUGGCAAGAUCAGAGAUGGAAGAAUAAAUUCUGGGGAAAGUCUGUGGAGAUCAUCUCGACUGGGCUGGUGAACGUCUCUCUGCCGAGAUACGGAGAUCAUUACCAGUGGAAUAAAGCAGUGACCUGCAUCCACAACGUGUUCAGUCAGCAGCGGUGGCUCGAGCACUAUGGCGACGUCGUGAUCCGAAACCUGAAGAGUGAUGUCUGCUCCUGCAAAAUGACCUUUGUGAAGUCUCGCUAUGGCGCUGGAGAAAAUAAAAACGAGGUCCAGGGUGUGGUUCUGGAUCAGGCAGGGGAGGUGGUGCAUCGUUUCGGUGGCUCGUGGCAUGAAGGCAUCUUCUGUGACACUCUGCCUAACCCACAGUGCCUCUGGAAACCCAAUCCUCAGCCUGAAGAUUAUUUUGAGUAUUACGGGUUCUCUUGUUAUGCCAGAGAACUAAACGAGCUCACGCCUGAACUGAAGGCCAUCCUGCCGCCUACGGACACACGCUUCCGCCCUGACCAGAGACUCCUUGAGGAAGGAAAAGUGCCCGAAUCGGAUAAACGUAAGGACGAGGUGGAGGAGAAACAGAGGGAACGGAGGAAAGAGCUGUCUAAGCUAGGAGAGGAACACAUCCCUCGUUUCUUCAGGAAAGCGGUGGACGAUGCAGGCCGAGAGGUUUGGGUCUGUAACGGAACCUACUGGAAGAUCAGAGAGGAUCCUGGAUUUGCCAAUACAGAUAAUCUGGAGCUGUGGUGAAGGAAAUCCACAGAGAGAGAGAGAGAGAUUAUUUAUUUAUUCCGAUUUUUCUUUUUAAAUGAAGUGCAAUAUGUAUCGCUCCUGAUGAAUCACUUUCUGACUACUCCGAAUCGAUUCUGAAUCACUUGACGGGAUUAGAAUCCGAGUACUGAUGCUCGGAGAAGUGGCGUGAGGGAUAGUUUGGCGUGACGAUGAGCCGCAAGUGUUUGCGGUGAUGAUGCCUGUGAGGAGUGAGUGAUUAUUUAUUUAUUUAGAUGAUGCUCCUCGUUAUCCCCCCCCGCCCCCCGUUAGUCAGUGAUGAGAAACUGAGAUUUACACUCUGACCUUUAAAGCAUUUUACUUUUUUAUCUGAGGAGUUUUAUUUAAAAAAUGUCCUGUACUGUAAAGGGGAGGGGUUUAUUCUGGACUGCUUGUUAUUUUGGGUGUUUACACUGAAGUCCUGGAACUGACACAGGACUCUGACUGUGUUCAUGAUGGUGAUGAAGCACAUUUGAACACAUCUGACCUUUUUCCUGUUCAACACUGCUGAUUGUGUAAAUAUUUCUCAUCUUGUUAAAGCAUAGUUUAUUAAAAUCCUAGCUGAAAGUGUGUGUGUGUUUUAGCUGUGCAGGCCAAAGGAAAACACUAGUAGUGUGUGUUUUAGUGAAGAAUCUCUGAUUGUAGAAAGCUGUUUGUAAUUCUACACAAUGAACUGAAUAAAAAUGAGGGAGAAAUAAACUUUGUCUGA